AUGGCUGCAGCUUUUCCUUCCAGACCCGGAUUCGUCCCAGGUGCCGGAAUGGCUCCCUCCAAUCCUAUGCCCAACGGGCCAGUCCCGGUUGUCUUGCCACCAAAUAUCGUCCAUGUCCCGAAAUCCAACAUCCGUAUCCUAUGCGUCGCCGACGUUAGAGGUGAUCUACUGUCAUUGAACGAACUGGCCAAGAAGACCAAUGCCGACUACAUUCUUCACACUGGUGAUUUCGGAUUCUACGAUAACUCAUCGAUACACAGAAUCGCUGAAAAAACCCUCCGUCAUGUUGCUCAGUACUCGCCCCUCCUCUCCGAAGGCACUAAAAAGUUCAUCCAGAACAAUCCCAGCGGCCAGCCGAUCAAGAGUCGGCUCGCUGAUGAGCAGCUCUCACAGCUACCCAAGUUUCUGGACAGAACACACGCGUUUGACGUUCCUGUUUACACAGUUUGGGGAGCGUGUGAAGACGUUGCCGUCCUGGAGAAAUUCAGGUCCGGCGAAUAUAAGAUAGACAAGCUGCACAUUAUCGACGAGGCCUCUUCACGGUUGCUAGAUGUUGGUGGUGUCAAGCUGCGGCUUCUUGGCCUAGGCGGAGCCGUUGUCAUGCACAAGCUGUUUGACAAUGGUGAAGGCAAGACAACUAUCGCUGGUGGUCAAGGCACCAUGUGGACCACCCUUUUGCAGAUGGGCGAACUUCUCGAUACUGCAAACCGGGUGUAUGACGCUAGCGAGACUCGUCUUUUCCUUACACACUCCUCACCAGCUCGCGAGGGUCUUCUCAAUGCUCUUUCCGUGGCUAUCAAAGCGGACUUCUCCAUCUCUGCUGGCCUACAUUUCCGAUACGGAAGCUCCUAUAAUGAGUUCAGCGUCAACCCCACCCUGGAUCAUUACCGAGGUAAAUUGGCUGCUUCGAAGGCAUCUUUCAAUGAUGUUUGGGAAACUGUUAAGGGUGAAGUCAUGAAUACUGUUGCUCAGAAUUCUGCCCAAAAGCAGCUUCUCGAUAACGCCCUUAAUAUAAUCGACAAGAUGCCUAGCACAGCAACUGGCCCAAAUCCAUUCGGCGGCUCGGCACCCGGAAGCAAGGGCGAAGUUGAUGAGAGUGCCUUUAAGAACAUGUGGAACUUUAAUCUGGCUGAUGCUUCGUUCGGUCAUCUUAUUCUUGAUAUCGAAAAUGGUCGAAUCGGUACAGAAAUGAGAGCCCAGGGUUUCAAUUUCGCUCAUAGAACUGGGAAAUCAACUGCUGCAACAGCCGCCGCCGCCAAUGCUGCAGCGGCCCCUACAGGCCCUUCUGGUGUCGAGGCUCCUGUCCAACCCACCAACCAACCCACAGCACCGACUCAACCCGCAACCGCCCCUACCCCGCAAACCACCGCGCCACAAACGAAUGCGCCUGCACGAGCCCCAUCUGCUCCUCGCCGUGACGAACCUGUUAAACCUGCGACACCAAUCAAUGUGCCACCACGUACUCGUUCUGCCACCCCAUCGAAACCCGUCGCCGUUGAAGCUUCAGCAGCGCCAACUAAAGUUGAAGAACCAGCGAAUGGUGCUUCCGUUUCAGAGGCUACUGAUGCAGGUCCAAAGGAAGAGUUAGCUGAGCCAAAACUAACAUCUCCAACUCCACCCCCACAAGUUGAAGGCCCUAGUGGUGGCUUGAGAAUUGGUCUUUAUGUCACCAACAUCACUGGAAGCGAUAAGGUCAAAGAACUGUUCCCUGAGUCUGACCGUGAACUCAUCGACCGAGUUGAAGAGAAGCAUCCCAGGAACGGUAGACCCGUCUACUACUAUGUCUUCUUUAGGAAUCAAGGAGAUUGGAAACCAGUCUUAGAAAGGUUGCCCAAAGAUCUUACUACAAAGGGUGACCGCAAUCGUCCCUUCGUAAAGGAAAUCGAUGAUCCUAAUCAGGGACCCGGUGGAGCAGGUCCAUGGCGCCGUGGUGGUGGCGGUAUGGGCCGUGGCAGAGGAGACAAUCCCAGGUCGAGCGCUUCUGAGAGUGAAGGACCGCCUGGAGGUGGCCGCACUGGUGGUAGAGGUUUUGUGGGCGGCCCUGGUGGACGUCCUCCACGUGGUGACCGAAACCAACCCUUUGAAGGUCGAGGAGGCGGGCGUGGAAAUCGCGGAGGGAAUAGAAGACGUGAUGGACAACCAGAUCUUCCAUCCUCUUCAACACCAGCCUAA